AUUUUGCCAAUGUCUAUCUGAGGAGGACUUGUCACCUUUCUCUUUCACCAGAGGGCGAAUCAUUAGUUUCGCUCGCUCCUUUUGGGGACUAAAGCAUGGGGAGGUUAGACGCGCUCCGACAGUUUAACUUGCUGACAUGGCUCAGAGAAGAGAGGCAGUCGAGGAGACUCAUUCUGUUCAUCGUCUUCGUCGCUCUGCUCCUGGACAACAUGCUGCUGACUGUAGUUGUACCCAUCAUUCCCAGCUACCUGUACACCAUAGAUGAGUCAACAGCAAUGGUGAUGAAGAACAACACCCCAUCGCUGCAGGGCCCUCCCGGAGCCUUCCACAGUGUUGUAUCCUUAUAUGACAACACCGUUCGGUUGACCAGCGCCAACUCAACAGGCAGGUCGAGUGAUCUGGACCUUCCUACCCCCACCACUGCAGCGCUGCCUCAGAACUCCUCCGACUGCCCCAAAUCGCCUGGCAGACUGCUCAAUGAGAAUGUCAAAGUGGGACUGUUGUUUGCCUCCAAGGCCACUGUGCAGCUGAUGACCAACCCCUUCAUAGGGCCACUGACCAACAGAAUAGGAUACCAGCUUCCCAUAUUCGCUGGCUUUUGUAUCAUGUUCCUCUCUACCAUCAUGUUUGCCUUCUCAUCGAGCUACGCUCUGCUGUUUCUGGCCAGAUCACUUCAAGGUGUGGGCUCCUCCUGCUCCUCUGUGGCUGGGAUGGGAAUGCUGGCCAGUGUGUACACAGACGAUGAGGAGAGAGGCCAUGCCAUCGGGAUUGCCUUGGGAGGUCUGGCACUAGGGGUGCUAGUUGGUCCCCCCUUCGGCAGUGUGAUGUAUGAGUUUGUUGGGAAGACUGCACCAUUCCUUAUUCUGGCUUUUCUGGCUGUGUUUGAUGGAGCUCUGCAGCUCUUCAUUCUUCAACCCACCAAAGUGGAACCAGAGAGUCAGAAGGGGACCCCGCUGUUGACACUCAUUAAGGAUCCAUACAUUCUAAUUGCAGCUGGUGCCAUUUGUUUUGGAAAUAUGGCCAUCGCCAUGAUGGAGCCAACGCUGCCAAUCUGGAUGAUGGAGACCAUGUGUGCCAGGAAAUGGCAGCUAGGCGUCGCCUUCUUGCCGGCGUCAAUCUCCUACCUUAUUGGGACCAACAUCUUCGGCACGCUGGCACACAAGAUGGGGAGAUGGCUUUGUGCUCUCAUUGGGAUGCUGGUGGUAGGAAUGAGUGUGAUAUGUGUGCCAUUUGCCAGAGAUAUCUAUGGUCUGAUUCUUCCAAACUUCGGAGUUGGUUUUGCCAUUGGCAUGGUGGACUCCUCUAUGAUGCCUAUAAUGGGGUACUUGGUGGACCUGCGACAUGUGUCCGUCUAUGGAAGUGUGUAUGCCAUCGCUGAUGUGGCUUUCUGCAUGGGAUUCGCUUUAGGUCCUUCUAUCGGAGGGUCCAUAGCUGAGGGGAUUGGCUUCCCCUGGCUGAUGACAAUUAUUGGAGUAGUGGACAUUUUCUUUGCUCCCCUGUGCCUCUUUCUCAGGAAUCCACCAGGACAAGAAGAGAAAAUAGCCAUUUUGAUGGAUACCAACUGUUCAAUGAAGACAAAGUCAUACUCCACACAGGGAACAUACUACCAGGGUGAUGACAUGGAGCCAGAAUACGAUGACUACGAAUAACGGGACACCAGCCAUGCAGGUUAACCCUUCAGAGGAUCUAUUUUGUUGUACAAAAAAAAAGAACACAGAAGACGGAAAAAACACAACAAUGAAACAAAACAGCCAAGCCGUUUCCAUGUGAAUGUCCCGCGUUCAGUCUUCACUGUUUUGUGUCUUGUUAGCCUUUGUGUUGGAGCAUACCAAAGUCGUUUUUCUCUGUGCCCUGUGGUUGCAAGCGCGUUGCUUGAGAGUUAUUUUUUUAGCCAACAGCCUUACUGAAUGGGACAUAAUGCAUUUGUGAGAGAGCAGGGUUUUUAUUUGAUAGGGGGAGGAUGCUC